AUGUCAGCGACAGUGAGUGAAAUAUACAACAAAACUAACAUUGCGUUGGAUACAUUGUCAAAUUUAUGGCAAACUAUGCUAAAAGUUAUUGAAGCUGUUUCAGCAACGGCAGCAGCAUCGUUGACAGUCGAACCUGAUCUUGUUGAACUACAAAAAAUACGUAAGGAAUACGAACUGUUGAUGACAACGCUGAAAACGACGGUUGAAUGGUUGCAGAAGAAUCCAAUCAAUGACAACGAAUUAAAUGUUGAGGCUGCCGCUCCAUCUGCGGAUGUAGAAGAGCGAUUGGAAUUACAAGCGGAAUCAGAACGCAUUAACGGUCAACUAAAGCGACUACUGAAUCAGUCAUACUCGUUACAAUUUCAGUUAGAGUUAUUUUUCACUUCAGCACAGCAAACACUUUUAAAAUAG